UUCGGUGCUUCUGUGAUUCCAGUUGUUUUACAUCUCCUCACAAACAAAGACACUCAGAAACACUGUCUCUUAUCAUCUUCGUGCAGAGUGAUGUGCAUCUAAGGAGUGACGCUACACUGCGCACAGAGACGAGGACGAAGAAGAAGCAGAGCAGCAGUACACAAGUGCACCUGCCUUUCGCGAAGAGCAGAAACCAGGGAAGAAUUUGGAAACUUUCAGAGUUGACUGAACACAAACUGCGAAAAUGGUGUCGGCUGGACUGGAGAUCAUGGGACUGUCGCUGUGCGUAAUUGGCUCGCUCCUGGUCAUGGUUGCGUGUGGACUGCCCAUGUGGAAGGUGACGGCUUUCAUCGAGGCCAACAUCGUGGUGGCUCAGACGAUCUGGGACGGUUUGUGGAUGUCGUGUGUGGUGCAGAGCACGGGUCAGAUGCAGUGUAAGGUGCACGACUCCAUCCUCGCCCUCACCCACGACCUGCAGGCGGCCAGAGCGCUCACCGUCAUCUCCUCGGUGAUGGGAGUGCUGGGGCUCAUGGUUACGAUUGCUGGGGCGCAAUGCACCAACUGCAUCCGCACAGAGUACGUCAAAGCCCGGGUGGUGAACGCCGGAGGGGCGGUCUACAUCAUCAGCGGUCUGUUCGUGCUGGUGCCUCUUUGCUGGAUGGCCAACAACAUCAUAUCUGACUUCUACAACCCACAGGUGCCCCCAUCCAAGAAGAGGGAGAUCGGCGCCGCGCUCUACAUCGGCUGGGCAGCCACAGCGCUGCUGCUGAUCGGAGGAUCGCUGCUGUGCUGCUCAUGUCCUGCCAGCGGGAAUACGGGAUACUCGGUAAAAUACGCACCGACUCAGAGAGGCACUCAGAACGGGGACUAUGACAAGAGGAAUUAUGUGUAGCCGUGUGGCGUGGCACGGCGCAGUCGGUGCGUAAAAGUGACCUGCAGCUUUUUUAACAGACGUUAUCUUUGCACCUGUAUAUUUUUUUUAUUAUCUGAAAUUUGAACAUUGAAAACCAAUGGAAGCACCUCUGUUGUUUUACAUUCAACGCCACAAAUCCCCGUUGUAUCCACAGGAGGUUUUAAAAAAGAAAAAGAAAAAAAAAGACUAUGAGAACCACAAGAGGUAGCUCGCAACAAAAAGGAGUAUCUUUGUUAGGUACCUGCUUUUGUAAGUUUUCGAAAUGAUUAGUAUUUUUCAAACUGUUUCCUCAUGUAAUUAUAAAGUUGAUGUUCUUUUCUAGAGGAACUCUUGCCAUUAAAUGUAAAUACACUGUUCGUUUGCCUUUUUGUGCAUUGUCAGCACAAAAGUGUUGGCUACUGUAUCUGAGAAUACUUGCGUUCUCACGCCGACGUGUUGUCCAAGAGAAAAGUACAUGUGAUGGCGAAGACCUAACAAAUCCCGGACGGGCUUUUGUGUUGUCCAUAAACAGAAACUGGUGUCGCUGACUCUGGGGUCUAUUUCUGGGACCCAUAUGUAGGCCUACAUUCCGGAAAUCCUGGGAUCUAUACAGGCCUCAGCAUGAAAUGUUACAGUCCUUUUUUCCCGACUACAUUGAGAACCUGCAAAGUGUAUUUAUCACUGUCACAGCAAGAAGUGUUUUCUCUUUAAAAAAAAGGAAUAAACGUUUUCUGUUGGUUUAUUGACA